GAGUGCGUCGGCGACGAGAUCUGCAGCACCAGGCAGGACCUCGUCGUCGCAUUCGACGGCAGCGGCCGCCCGAAUCAAGAAGGCGUCAACAUCGGCAGGAGGUUCGCCCUGAGCCUAACUGGCAGGUACUGGAGCACGUACUACGGCGAGUCCUUCGACAACGCCACCGCCGCGGCGGCGCUGCCCCGACCAAGUGCGACAGAGAGUCCGUCAGCACGGCGGCCGCCAGACACCAGCGCGGGACAGGCCCUCCAGGCAGCCGACAACAUGUUCGCGAACGAUCAAGAGGACGCGCAGGGCGCCGCCUUGGCGAUCUCGGACGGCAAGGACACCAGCACGCACCGCUCGACUAUGCAG